CGCCUCGGGCGGCGGGGGUUCGCGGGCAUCAGCGCAUGUGCAGCGCGGAGCAGCGGGGGCCGGCGGAGUCGCGGGGUGUCAGUGAGCGGCGAGGAGCCGGCGCCCCGUGCCGCGUGAGCCCGUCCGCCCGCGGCUGUCUGCGGGUACGCUGCGUGGCACGCUGCUUGCUGAGCAUCUCCCCGGCCGCGCACCUGUCCCGCACCUGCCCGCCGCCCGCCCGGCGCCCCGGGACCGCCCGCCGCAGCCGGGCCCGGGCGCAGCGCCGCGGAGGGAGGGCCGCCGGGCGGGCCGGGCCGGCGCGGCGAUGAUGCACAGGUUCCGAAAGUGGCUGUACAAACCCAAGAGGUCGGAUCCGCAGCUGCUCGCCCAGUUCUACUAUGCCGAUGAGGAGCUGAACCAGGUGGCCGCCGAGCUGGACAGCCUGGACGGGAGGAAGGACCCACAGCGGUGCACGCUGCUCGUCAGCCAGUUCCGCUCCUGCCAGGACAACGUGCUGAACAUCAUCAACCAGAUCAUGGACCUGUGCAUCCCCCAGGACCGUGCGCCCAGGGACUUCUGCGCCAAGUUCCCCGAGGAGAUCCGGCACGACAACCUGGCCGGCCAGCUGUGGUUCGGUGCCGAGUGCCUGGCCGCCGGCUCCAUCAUCAUGAACCGGGAGCUGGAGAGCGUGGCCAUGCGCCCGCUGGCCAAGGAGCUGACCCGCAGCCUGGAGGGCGUGCGGGGCGCCCUCCGCGACCAGGCGCUGCGGGACCUCAACACCUACACGGAGAAGAUGCGGGAGGCGCUGAGGCACUUCGACGUGCUGUUCGCCGAGUUCGAGCUGAGCUACGUGUCGGCCAUGGUGCCCGUGAAGUCCCCCCGGGAGUACUACGUGCAGCAGGAGGUCAUCGUGCUGUUCUGCGAGACGGUGCAGAGGGCCCUGGACUUCGGGUACCUGACGCAGGACAUGAUCGACGACUAUGAGCCCGCCCUCAUGUUCACCAUCCCCCGGCUGGCCAUCGUGUGCGGCCUCGUGGUCUACGCGGACGGACCCCUGAACCUGGACCGCAAGGCGGAGGACAUGUCCGAGCUGUUCCGGCCCUUCCACACGCUGCUGCGGAAGAUAAGGGACCUGCUGCAGACCCUGACCGAGGAUGAGCUGCACGUGCUGGAAAGGAACCUCUGCAUCUCGCAGGACGUGGAGUUCCCCAUCCGGGCCGACGGGCCGGUGCCGCCCGCCCUGGCGCCCGCCUUCCCCGCGCCCCUGCCCCCCGAGGAGCUGCUGUCCGCCAAGGCCAAGAACCCGGAGGCGGAGCUGGCCUGCUCCAUGCAGUACGACGACCAGGAGCUGGAGCAGCUCAACCGCAUGGUGUGCCGGGCUGGGGACGCGAUGUCGUCCCUGCUGUCCCCGCCCAGCGCCUGCCAGUCCCCUGCACGCAGGCCAGGGGCCGAGGACAGCCCCCGGGGCGAGGCCUCCCCAGGAGGCCGGCUGCUGCAGCCGGGCGGCGAGGAGGAGGAGGGAAGGGUGUUCUUCAUGGACGACGUGGACGGGUCGACAGAGGCCCCGGGCAGCCCGGCCAGGUGGACAGGCGGCCCCCGUGCUGAGCCCCGGGAGAGAGGGCAGGGCGGGCAGGCGGGGACCGCAGAGGAGGAGGAAGACGUGGCCAACAACAACAACAACGUCGAGGACGACAAGGCCUGGGCCGCGGGCCCCAACUCCUGCAGCUGCCUGGACGCCCCGCCGCCCCUGGACGGCUGGGAGGUGAUCACGGACGACGUGGAGACGGCCGAGACGGUCGCCCACCGGACGGGAGGCAUGAAGCUCUCGGCCACGGUCAUCUUCAACCCCAAGUCGCCCACCGCGCUGGACUGCUCCGGCUCCGCCCCGGAAGGCUCGGGAGACGGCGUCUCCCCGUCAGAGCCCGCGGCCGGGGGCGCGGAGGAUGGCUCCCACGAACUCAGUACCGCGGCCACCAACUGUCUCCUGAACUCCUGCGUGUGCUGCGGGGGCUGUGGGGGCGGCCGGGAGGACACGGCCGAGAGUCUGCAGGACAAGUGCAGCCCGGGGGGCGUCAUCAGCGCCUCCUAUGUGGGCAUGGCCAAGGCCAGUGCCAAGGGUGCAGCCGAGAGACUGGAGGAGGCCCAGCCUGCCCUGGAGACGCUGCCCGAGGGCACCCCAGCCUCGGAAGACACCCCCGACAGCCAGGAGCCCAAAGCCCCUGCUUCCAACAAGUGCCUGGCACUCCCCUCAGGGCCCCCGGCAGACGCAGCAGACGGGUCGCAUGGAGGCGGCGGUAGUGGUCAGCAAAAGGAGCUCGAGGCCAGGCCGCAGGACGCCGGGCAGUCCGCAGAGGCCACAGAGGGGCGCCAGUGCCUGUCAGGGUCCAGUGGCUCCCCGGCCGGGUCCCGCCCGUCAGACGAGACCGCGGUGGAGGCGGCCCCUGUGGCCGCCAGGGAGAAGAUCCGGUCCAGGUUCCACGGCAGCCACGACCUGAUCCAUCGCCUGUUUGUCUGCAUCUCAGGCGUGGCCGACCAGCUGCAGACCAACUACGCCAGUGACCUGAGAAGUAUCCUCAAGACGCUCUUUGAGGUCAUGGCCACCAAGCCAGAGCUGGACGACAAGGAGAAGCUGAAGAAGGUCACCCAGACCCUGCGGAGCGCGGCCUUGGAGGACUGUGCCCUGUGCCAGGAGACCCUGUCGUCAUCUGAGCUGUCAGCCAAGACCCGGGACGGGGACCUGGAAGACCCGCCCGAGUGGGUCCCGGACGAGGCCUGCAGCCUCUGCACCGCGUGCAAAGCCCCCUUCACCGUCAUCCGCAGGAAGCACCACUGCCGCAGCUGUGGGAAGAUCUUCUGCUCCCGCUGCUCCUCCCACUCGGCCCCGCUGCCCCGCUACGGGCAGGUGAAGCCCGUCCGCGUGUGCACGCACUGCUACAUGUUCCACGUCACGCCCUUCUACAGCGACAAGGCCGGCCUGUGACACGUGCCGGCGCUCCCCGGACC